AUGUCGGUCACCGAUUCCACCGCAAAUUUCCGUGCGAGGGCCAUCGCGCUGGGGCUUGAUGAGGCUGUCCUGCAGAAGAUCAUCGACGGGGGUAUUGACACAUUGGCCAAGUUUGCUUUUUCGUCUUCAUACACCCCUGGCCCCCUUGAGCCGUCUGAUCGACUUGUGGAUCGUUGCGUGGCGAUCUAUGAGGAAAACCGGCUUGUCUACGUUGAGCUUUCAGCCUGCACCUCUAAGGAAGACGAAAUCAAGCAGGCCACGCUCCAGGAGGACCGGCAUCUUGUCGUAGAAAGCGGGGGAAAUGUUCGACUCAAAGGCUUGGUGAACAACAAGAUGGAUGCAGACAUUUCCUCUGAUUUGCUCAUGCGGUAUGCUCUUACUAGGCGUGGCCUAGCGAUGGAGCAAGCGGGAAUCAUCUCUUAUACACUACAUGAUGCCUGGACUGAGCAACUGCUCGCAUGCCGCUUCCGAGAACCUCCGACAGGGUACAGUCGCGUUUCCUUGCAACAGGUCAUCCAUGCCGACAGACAAUUCUUCAUCAAACUUGCCGAGCUCACCCGAGAGGGAAUACAGCUUCAGGCGACGGGUAGGCCAUGUGAUGCGCACUUCGAGACAGCUCGUAAUCACCCAGAUGUGGCGCACCUAAUGCAACCCCUUCUUGCAGCAGUGCCAAGGCCCGACCCCGCAUGGACACCCCGCAAGGGCGAUGGCAAAAAUAGCAAGGGAGGUAAAGGUCAUAAGGGUGGCAAAGGAAAGCGAGACACCACUGCCAUCACUGCUGCGAUGCCUAAGGAGAUUGCGGCCAGAGCCGAUACGGGUAUGAGCGUUGAUGCAUCCGGCGGUGCCUCCGCCGAAAUCCUUUCACAACAUUUGCUUGAGGCUGACAGGUUGCCCACUCCAGAGGAGAUUGAAGAGCUCGUUAGCCUCUUGCCACACGGCGAGUUGACCGGCGAACGCCGGGGCAACAAUGACAUUUCUUGCAAUGCAUUCCAUAGCGGUGCUUUUGUGCAUGUCAAGGUAGGAUUGCGGCGAAAUUGCAAAGCUUUCCCAAGCACGACAAAGAUACUAGCGAGAAUUCUGCGGCAUGCCCAUCCCGGGCAUGAAUUUACUUCCUUGUUGCUGUCUGUUGACAACCAGACUGCAUUGCAUGCAGAUAGCCAGAAUGCCUUCAUCCCAAACUUAGUUGUUCCACUAAACCGGUUUUCGGGUGGUGGGAUUUGGGUGCAAUCCGAUGACGGCAAAGAGCGCUUGACAGUUGAUGGCCAGGAGCUGCUGGGAACCACCUUGGAUUUAGGGUUAGGUCCCGUAAGAUUUCAGGCCAGGGCUCAGAAGCACCUCACGCUGAGCUGGGAAGGCCGGCGAAUAGUCCUUAUCGGAUACUCGGUACAAGGAGGUGAGAAGCUUGACGACUCAGAAAAGGUUGUGUUGCAAUCCUUGGGGUUUGCACUUCCGUCGCAGUACCCUGCCACUGGCGACCCGAUGGCAGAGCAGGCGUGUUUUGCAGACUUCAGGAAUGGGACCAGCAGUCCGCCACUUCUUGAGCAAAGACAAGAAUAUGAGCCACAGCACGUCGGCGAUCCGUCGAAGGGUCCAGUGCAAGGGAUCGUUAUCGAAUUGUUUGCUCGUAGUGGUGCCCUGUCUAGGGUUUUCAAACAGCACGGGUUUGAGGUUUUCCCGGUGGAUCGUGGGGGGCAUAGGCUCCCUUUGUCCAAGUUGUGUGCACUUGAUUUAGCGCAAGCGUCGAGUUGGACCUACCUUGAAGAAGUUCUUGAAACCUACCCUGUUCUUUAUGUCCACGCUGAGCCACCUUAUGCCACGUUUGGACCACAGCAGGCUUUCAGGCACUUAGUCAACGGGGUCACCAGCCCCUCGGGAGCCACCGAUUCCAACGUUGUUGAUCGGCUCGCGUUGGCUGAUUCCAUGGUCAACCACCUGUGCACUUUCUUGCAAAGCGUAGACAAACGGGGAAUACCUUGGGCCUUGGAACAUCCUAAGGCCAGCCUGCUUUGGAAUCUGCCCAAUGUGGAAGCAUUGCCCUCAACUUCUGAGGUUGUUUACGAUCUUUGUACUUUCGGGUCUUCCCUUAAGCUUCGCCGCCAACUUAGGACCAAUUGCAGGGCUCUAAGGUCCUUGAACUGCUUGUGCAAAGGCGAUCAUUCCCACAGCCAAGUGGAAGGCGGAGUCGUCACGCAUCCGCCCGAAUUCUGCAAACAUGUCGUUCAGGCCGUUGCGCGGCACCAUGGUUUGGCUUGCCCCGACGUGGCGUUGUCAUCCACGCCAGUUGGUGUUGCCCAGCAGAAGCGAGGCAAGCCUGAAGCUUCGCUACUGCCCGAGUUCGGCAAGGUCUUGCAGGUGGAUGUCGAUCAGGUUCCGCCAGUGAACCACAAGCAGUGCCUCAUACGUCCGUUGGGCGAGGUGCCAGCAGGAUCCAAGCUCAUCGCCACGUCUCUUGUCAGGGGUGAUGCGGGUGGCGAUGCGGGUAACGAAAGUAAGAAAUUUCGCCUUUCUUUGGGAGUCUUUGCCACACCAGAUGAGUUCGUUGAUGCGGCUAAAGACUUGCUACAUCCUUUUGCUGCUUCGGCUGUUCUGUCACCUAUUGUGAAAAGGCGACUGUUCGAGGCCUUGACCAAAGGUCCGGAAUGGGUUCAGCGACAACGGUGCUCCAAGUUGAAAUUGUGGCUUAGCUGGGCCAAAGAACUGCAAAUUGCCGAAGGAGAAAUGAAAAGCAAGCUGGACCCUGACAUUGGCCGUGUGCUUCGAGGCAAGCGCUUGUUGCUCCUGAAGCGUAUUGCUGAUGAUAUGGACUGGCCUGACACGGAUUGGUUGAGCGAGCUCUUGGAAGGGUUUGACUUAGUUGGUAGUCAGAAGCACACCGGGGUCUUCAAGCGAGAGUUGCGACCACAGGCGAGGACCAAGGCGGAUUUUCUUGGUGCUAGCAAGUUUUUGCGACCGGCACUUCUGGGCAAGGUUGCCUCUGAGGGUCUGAACGAGCAUUCUCAGGAACUUUGGGACAAGACCUUGGAAGAAGUGACGGACGACCUUCUUGAAGGGCCUCUGACGCAGGAAGAGGUUCAUGCCAGACAUGGUGAUCAUUGGGUCCCGGUUAGGAGGUUUCCGGUUGUACAAUCUUCAGCGGGAAAAAGGAAGCUUCGACCUAUUGAUGAUUUUUCGGAGAAUCUAGUCAACGGUUCUUUUUCGUAUGCCGAUAAGAUUGACUUGCGCGCCCUUGACGAAAUCAUUGCCAUUUGCCGAUGCUGGACCCAGGCAUGCACUUCGGAGCAUCAGUUCUUUUUCGCGAUGCCUGACGGGCCGCCAUUGGUGGGCCGUGUCCACCCUUUGUGGAUCAACGGGGCUUGGGAACCUUUGCUUACUACGUUUGACUUGAAAAACGCUUAUCGUCAAUUCCCGCUAUCACCAGGCAGCCGUGCUCACGCAAUCAUUGCACUGUUGGACCCGAGUAGUCUUGACGUGGGUUUGUUCGAGUCCAAGGCGCUACCUUUCGGCAGCACAGCGUCGGUGGUUCACUUCAAUCGAAUGUCUCGGUUGUUUUGGAGGAUCGGCCUUGAACUUCACUUGUGGUGGAGUAAUUUUUAUGACGACUACCCAGUCAUGACGCCAACACUGCUUAAGGAUUCCACCAUGUCGACAAUGAUGCUCCUGUCCCGGCUGUUAGGGUUUAGUGCUUCCCUUGAAAAGUUGGCCCCUUUCUCUUCGGUUGGUUCGAUGUUGGGCGUUGAAGUAGACUGCAGCUCAGCGCCCGAUGCGAUCAUCCGUGUUCGCAACAAAGAAGGUCGUGCGAGCGAGGUGUGUGAGGUCAUACAAGGAUGCAUUAAGGCUGGUGUCGUACGGCAGAGAGAUUUCGCCCGUGUCGCUGGCAGGAUUCAGUUCUCAGAUUCACAAAUCAUGGGACGUACCGGCAAAUUGGCUUUGGCCGAGUUGCGAGCCUCGUCGGCUAAGCACGCCGACAAGUUCCGUCUUGGCGAGCAGGAGGUCAGGGCCUUUGAUUUCUUGGUCAGUCGACUGUCCUUUGGUGCUCCUAGGGUUGUGCCCUGUUCGGUUCCCCCGAAACCGAUUCUCGUCUUUACCGAUGGCGCCAGCGAAGGAUCUGUCCACACAGUAGGGGGAAUCAUGCUUGACCCGCGAGAACAACAACCGAAGUACUUUGCUUGCCAUGUGUGCAACAGUGUCGUCUCGACUUGGUCCCGGGACCUUCAGCACAUCAUAGGUCCAGUCGAGGCUUACGCCGUGCUCACAGCGAGAAAGGUCUUUCAUCAGUCACUGUCGGGACGAUAUUGUGUGUACUUCAUCGAUAACGACGGUGUGCUACUUAGCUACAUCAAGGGUACGUCUUCUAGCAAACCGAUGCGAGAUAUUUUGCUGAUGUGGGAGUCCUUAGAGAUGCAUGCUCACACGUGGGCUUGGUGGGCUCGUGUGCCAUCUGCUUCGAACCCAGCCGAUGCGCCGUCAAGAGGCGAGCUGGAUGAGCUUGUCAAGUCUGGGGCAUUGCGUGUGGUUUGUGAUUGCCCGCUUACCGGUACAAAACUUGUCGACUUGUAA